AUGAGACAAUCCCACGACCCACUAGACCUCCUUCGGCAGCCUGAGUUCAUCACUAUCGACGAAGCGGGAGACCUUUGGCUCAUUGUCGGAACUGGGUGGGACUCUAUCACUCUUCUCGUGGACUCUCGAACACUCUGCCGGGCUUCAAAAGUCUUUCGCUCCAUGUUGCGCGCCGGCUUCAUGGAGUCCAAGCCUCAAGACCAAGGCCACUGGGAAGUUAAGCUGCCUGAUGAUAAGUCGCUGCCCUUUAUCAUCCUCAUGGAUAUCAUCCACUGCGAAUUUGAGCGUACUCCUGUCCAUAUCUCGUUGUAUAAUCUCCACGACGUAUGUAUUCUGGCGAACAAAUACGACAUGACAAAAGUGCUGCGGCCAAUGGCGGCGACGUGGUAUCGCGAUUUAGAGAUUCCACGUAAAGAUAGCCUCCAAGUCUCAGAGCUCUGCAGCAGACUCUUCGUGUUCUGGGAGCUUGGAUGCUGGAAAUCGGUGCAGGAAAUGUUGCCUGCAUUUGCUCAAGAAUCUCACAUUAACCCAGAUGGCGAGCUGGUCUACAUGGGUUCUUCAAUCUUGGAUAAUCUCCAGACGUUCAGGAUGCUACCUUUGAUUGCAGAUGUCAUCAAAGAACAUCGCUCUCAUAUACUGGGUUUAUACCAGAAGAGGUGCAGGGCGAUAGCACACAACAUCUUAACGCGCCGUCCGCUAUGCCUUCACAAAGAUUGCCUCAACCGCGCACUACCUGACGAUAUAAUCGACAAGUUUGUACAGGCGACACACCACCUCGGCAUAGCAUCCUUCUUCCUAGGGGUCUCCAACGCCGAAGAGACGGAGUAUCGCGGCAACGUAACCCGGCUGAACCUCACGUUCUCUCUACUCCAAUCAAGUGUCUUUGGGAAAGGACGGCGCCUCCCCCAAUGCCCUCUCUGCGGCAGCUCGGAUCCUCUGAAGGGUCUCAUGUGGUUACAUCGCGACCUCGUGCAGCCUUUGCCCCAGCGUCACAUGGAGAUAUUGAGGGAGCAGGCCGCCAAGACGGGAAUGGCAAAUCACGUAGGCUCUGCCAUGACUGGAUUUUUGAAUAUCCUGGAGAAGAGGGUUGUGCUGGAGAAGGAUGAUCGAGACCCGUUUGUUCUGGAGUAA